AUGACGCAACACGCCGACGUGGAGAAGGCCGCCGAGCCACUCGACCCUAGCAGCCGGCCUGGCUCCCCUACGAAGGAGGAGAAGACAUCGCCUUCGACCGAGCUCGAGCUCGAGACCCGCGAUGCGAUGAUCGCGCCUGCCCCAUCGACGGCGGCCAAAGGGGGCCUUGCUGCGGGAGCCGAUGGCCAGGCGAGCAACGUCCUUACCAGCAGCGACAUCAUCAACAACAACGACGACGACGACGGCGACGACGAACAAGCGGCAGGGCCACGGCCGUGGUACCGGCGCUUCUGGCAGAGCGAGGUGCCGCGCUCCUUUUACCGAGAGGCGCUGGCGCGGUACGGCGGCGAGGGCGGGCUGGACGCUGCCGACGACGCGCGCAUCCGGCGGCGUCUGGACCUCAUCAUCCUGCCGCUGAUCGCCGUGUGCUACGCGUGGUACUACAUUGACAAGACGACGCUGUCGUACGCGGCCAUCUUUGGGCUCAAGGCCGACCUGGCGCUGACGGGCGACAUGUACGCGUGGCUCAGCAGCUGCUUCUACCUGGGCUGGCUCGUAUGGGCCGUCCCGGCCAACCUGCUGCUGCAAAAGUCGCCCGUGGGCAAGUUCCUCGGCAUCAACAUUGUCCUGUGGGGCGCGUUCCUCAUGGCCCAGGGCGGCGUGCGGUCGUUUGCGGCCCUCGUCGCGCUGCGCACCAUUAGCGGCGCCGUCGAGUCCAUCGCCGACCCGUGCUUCCUGGUCCUCAUCGCCAUGUUUUACCGCAACGACGAGCAGCCGCUGCGCAUCGCCGCCUUUUACUUUGCCAAUGGCGUCGGCUUCUCGGCCGGCGGGCUGAUCGGGUACGGCAUAGGCCAGAUUGACGCUCCCAUCGCGAGCUGGCGCCUCAUCUUCCUCCUGGUGGGCGCGGCCUGCCUGCUCUGGGGCCUCGUCAUCAUCGCCUUCUGUCCAGACCAUCCAGCCACGUUCGUCGGCCUCUGCCGCGACGACCGCCUGCGCGCCGUAGCCCGCGUCCGCGACAACCAGUCCGGGAUCGCCACACGCCGCUUCAAACCCGACCAGGCGAGGGAGGCGGUGCUGGACCACCGCACCUUUCUCUACCUCGCCAUUGCGUUUGUCAGCAACGCGCCCAACGGCAUCCUCUCCAACUUUGGCACCCUCAUCGUGCGCGGCCUCGACUUUUCCACGCUCAACACCACGUUGCUCCAGAUCCCCUAUGGCGCCAUUGUCGUAUUCUGGAUCGGUAGCGCCGUUUGGCUCAACCAACGCCUACCAGGACAGACGCGGCUGCUCCUCUCGGCGGCUUACAUGCUCCCGACCAUCGCGGGCGCCCUCGGCCUCCUGUUCGCCCCGCAGUCGAGCCAGGUAGGCCGCCUGUGGUGCUACUACCUCACCUCGAGCUUCCAGGCGCCCUACGUCCUCUACCUCUCCAUCAUCACGUCGUCCGUCGGCGGCCACACCAAGCGCAUCCUCACCAUUUCGGCCAGCUUUAUCGGAUUCACCAUUGGCAACAUCGCCGGUCCCUUUUUCAUGCACGACGACGAGGCGCCCCACUACCGCUCCGGCAUCGUCGGCAUCCUCGUCUGCAACGUCCUCGAGGCCACCUUUUUCCUCCUCCUCCGCGCCUCGCUCGUCCGCUCCAACCGCGAAAAGGAGGAGCAGCUGCGCCGGAUGCGCGACGACGGCAUCGACGUCGUCGUCCAGAGGGACCAGACGGCUCAAAUGGACGUCACCGAUCGCCAGAACCCUUACUUCCGCUACUCGUACUAG